UGGCCAAUCAGGCGACAGGGGCGGAGCAGGGCAGGGCUGUGGCCGUAGCUGCCUCGGGGACUCGAGCGAAGCGGAGCCAUGACGCGUAAGCGGGACUCCCCCCACCCCUCCCGGUCCGGUCUCGCGCCCCCUUAUUACCCUCCGGUGGGUGGGGGAGGAUAUGGGCUGGAAGGUCCCGUUGCCUCCUUGACUUGCUCAGGGCGGGGGGAGUUCCGCCUCUGCCGCCCUUUCCCCCCGCCCGUCAAGGCUCGGCGGCCCGCAGUGGCCCCCGGGGCCCCGCCUGACCGGCCCCCGCCGCGCUUAUACGUGCACUACCUUUCUCCGCGGUGCAGGGGGCAACCAGCGCGAACUGGCGCGCAGCAAGAACAUGAAGAAGAACGCUGACAAGGGCAAGCGCCGCGACGACGGCCUCUCCGCCGCCGCCCGCAAGCAACGGUGAGCGCCGGGCGGGAGGGGAACAAGGUCGGGCUGGCUGUCUUUCUGGGCUGGGCCUCGAGCCCGGAGGCGGCGCCUCCUCCUUAGCAUAAAAGACCUGGCCGGGGCAAGAGCCAGGAACGGUUGGCUGCCUCCCCACCCUUCCUGCUUUUCCUAUUUCUUCCGCCCCUGGUGGUGAGCGGCGGGCAUCAUCCUGUUCUCUGAUAGGGACGAGGCUUCUCGUGGCACUAGAAAUAGAAGCACCUUAGGGCGGGAUGAGCUUUCCGGGGCUCCUGGCAUCCGCUUCCUUGGAUGCCCUUCUCAGUCUGCUUGUCUUUAAGGUGUCUCAAGACUCCUCCAUGGCAUUGCUGUUGAAGGCUAAGGCUGCCAGUCACAGGUGUCCCCAGGAUUUUUGUUGGGGGGGGGAGGCUUUUGUUGGGGCGGAACCUCAGAUUUAUAUUGAUUUUGAUUGAUUUAGGGGGGAAGCUGCCCCCCCCACUACAUCCAUGCGGCUGUGCCUGAGGUUCCGCCACUGGUUAUGGAGGCUCCGCUGAACUGUCCUUGCUGCUUCUCCAUCCCUGCUCUUACUUUCCACUCAAAUCCUAGCCUAGCCCCUUGUCAAAGCCCUCAGAGGCCAGAGUGACAGCCCCUUCUCUCAGGCUCAGUGGCGACUGAGGCAGCCCUUGCCCUACCUUUAUUUGCCAGCAGCCCAGCACCUGCCCUCAGGCCCAGGUGCCCCUUCCAGACUCAGUGGCCACAGCCUGACUGCCUUGCCUGUUUUUCUCUCCCCAGAGAUUCAGAAAUCAUGCAGCAGAAGCAGAAGGCUGCCAAGGAGAAGAAGGAAGAGCCUCAGCAGCAGCAGCCAAAGUAGGCAAGAGCCCUGAGGGGGCCUGCCCAGGUGGUGGCUCCCUUUCCUUCUCCCUCAACCGCUCACACUCCUGCUUAUAGCCACAGUGGCAUUAUGGGGGCCACCAGACCACCUCCUGCUGAGGCUGGAGAAGAAAGGAGGAGCCCCAGCCUGGUGGGAGCUGGCAAAUGCUAGAAUCAAGAUACUUCAUUAAAGUAGUUUUACCCAUUUGUCCAGGCUGAAAAA